AUGGAACAUGGAAAAGAGAAUUACAAAGGCAAAAAAGAAAAGCAAGAACAAAUAGGAAAGAAAGAAAAAAUAAAGGAUAAAAAAGAGGGAAAAAAGGAUCGGAAAAAAGUAGCAAUUGCACAUAAAAGACGAAGGAACGAGGAAGAUGGAAUAAAGGAGGACAACAAUCAGACAAAUAGUCAAUAUGAAAUUGGAAAGAGUACACAAAGACAAAUGAAUAACAGAGAGAAUAAGCAGCAGGAAAUAAAUAGACAGCAAGAACUAAAUAAAAGAGAUAAAGGGGACAAGAAGAGGAUGGAGCAAUGA